AUGCCAUGUCGAAAAUUAAAAAUUUGUGGUGAAAAAGUUAGCAGUGAUGUCUCUGCAGUAGAACCGUUUAGGCAGAAACUUAAAAAUAUCAUUGAAGAAAUGGAGCUAGACAAUGAGCAGAUUUAUAAUGCAGAUGAAUCUGCAGCUUUUUGGAAAGUUAUUCCUACAACAACAAUGGUGCACUCGCACGAAAAAUCCGCAUCCGGUAGAAAAAUUUCGAAAGAUCGUAUAACUUCUAUGCCUUGUUGUAACGCUUCUGGCACACAUAAGUUACCAUUGUUGCUAAUAGGCAAAUCAGUUAAUCCACGAUCAUUUAAAAAUUUGUAUCUGCCUGUAAUUUAUAAUGCAAGUAAAAAAGGUUGGAUGUCGACAUAUUUAUUUACAGAAUGGUACAGAAAACAUUUUAUACCAAACGUAAAAAAGUUUUUAAAAGAUAAUAAUAGACCGUUAAAGGCUAUUCUACUAGUUGACAAUGCGCCAUGCCACGUAGGUUCGGAAGAUCUUGGAACGGAUCCGAAUUUCCGAAUUGUGUUUCUUCCACCUAAUUGCACAGCAGUCAUACAGCCGUUAGAUCAAGAUUUAAUUCAAAAUAUAAAAGCCACUUGCCGAAAACAGCUUUUAAAUCAUCUCAUUACUGACAAUACAGAUCUUGGAAUUACAUUAAAAAACUUUACGCUGCGAAAUGCUGUUACAUUUUUAAACAAUGCGUGGUUAGGUAUAUUACAACAAAAUAUUGUACACAGUUGGAAGGAUUUGUUGGGGAGUCACAGCGAAGAAUGGACCGAGGAAGAUUCGAUACCCCUGGUUCAACUUACAGUCAAUAAUCCAGAUUUGAAUGAAAUUCAAACUAUCAUCGCAUCAAUUAAUCCAGACUCACAGAAUGACAUUGAAUUCAUAAAUAAUUGGGCGAAAGGAAUAGAUGAAUUCGACUACGAUUUUUCUGAUCAGGAAAUUGUACAGUCUGUGGUGGAAAAUAAUAAUAUAGAAGAAGCUGAUUCUGAUUGCACCAUAGUUGAAGCGGUAAAUACUAUAAGUAGCGGUGAAGCAAAAAAUAUUUUUUCCAAGGCUAUACAAUGGGCAGAACAAAUUGACGCUUCGGCUAUGGAUAUUUUAAUAUAG